AUGGAGGACGCGAAAGUUAUGGAGUUGCGAAAGGCAGUCCGUCAACAACUGCAGCAGGCUGGUGUUCAAGGGGUUUUGCACCAGCUGCUUCUGGAAUACCAGCGGACUGGAGAGAACGUGACGCCAGAGGAUGCGCUUGAUAUCCUUCAACCGGCUGUAGAGACGCUCACUCUGGUUUCGAACGUCGGACCCACCAAGCCCGCAGAAUUGCCCGCGGGCAAGGCUUUCCUGCAUGUAAAGCUGCUGGGCGGCAGAGCUUUCACAGACUAUACUCUCCGGAUACCCGGUCCAGAAGAGCGUUUGCAGCUCUCCCUGGAGCUCUUUGGUCAGCGUUUCACCACGCAUGAGGUCCCAGCGACCGCAGAGCCGGCGUUUGCGGGGGAGGCCUUCUUCCAGCUGCCCACAGGGCCGGGUUCCGUUGACCCACUUCAGCUGCUGGCGCUGCGGCAGGGGCUUCAUGCGGUGGUGAUGCAGUUAAACCCUCUGGCGCCCUGGGGCUCGGACGAUCAGGCGGGCCAAAGAGACCGUGGCGCGGGUCCCGGCAAGGCUCCUACAGCAGCAGCAGUUGCGAACACUCCGGAGCAGGUGGCCCGCCAGCUGUCGCUGGAGCUGCGUCCGGCCUUCUCUGCGGCGCUGGAUGAGGCGCUGUUGAAGAGCCAGCAGCGCAUGGAACACGCGCGCGACGCGGACGUCAUGGCGGCCUUCGUCGCGAAUGCCAAGGCUUGGUGGGGCGACUACGUGUCCCAGAACCUGGCCUUCAAGUCCCGGCCGAUCAAGCUGCCUUCCGCUUGUUGCCACGAGACGAGUGUUACGAACCAUGGCGGCUCAGUUGUCUUGCUCCGUCUCCGGAUUCUUUUGUCUCAAAUCACUGUCGUGCGGUGUCCCCUCCGUCCCCCUGGCCCCUCGAUCCUUCUGGCGUUCUGUCCCUGGCUGCCUACGACACUCCUCACAAGGUCCUCGCCAACGCUCGGCCGCACUCUGGCAAACGCGCGCGAGGCGGCCCGCUUCGUGAGCUUGCUGCGGCGGCGGGAAGAUCUGGCGGUGCUGCCCAGCGGCGGCCUCAGCGAGGUGGCUGAGUGCUGGUGCCUGCUUCACACGGUACUGGCGUCAGGGACUGCAUCCAAGUGCACAAGGGUGCAGUGGCAAAGACCUCCGAAAGUACGCGAUGGCAUGGGGAAGCGCAUGCGCACGACGAAACUCACCCACGGUGCAGGAGGAGAUGGCGAUACUGCUGUGCAGCUUGCUGCUGGGGUUUGGGCUGGACGCGUGGGUGGUGCUGUGCGCUACGCGAUCACUGACGUGGACACCUGGCCGUACCAGUCUGUGGGCUGCGUCUUCAACCACCUGCGGUUGUACGCCAACUACCAGUGCGAUGACAGCGCUUUUGGCACGUCCUACGUGCUGGAGGAUGCCUCCCUGUGGCGGGAGCUGCCCAUGCCGCCGAAGGAGCUGCCCGCCAUGCCUUGGAGCGCCAUCCCGCUGGCCCGUAGCUCCAUCCCCGACCCGCUGGAGCUCGAGGCGCACCUAGAGGCCAGGUUGCGGGCCGCCGCAGCUCAACACCGACGGCAGGCGCUGGGAGCCGAGGGCACGACCGCCUGGGACGACAGCCUUGCGCAGCUGCUGAUGCCGGCUUUGGCCGCGUACGAGCACGAGGCUGUUAGUGGGGAAGUAGCCCCGGGGAACGACGAGUUCCAGCAGGCCAUCAAGCGAGCCGUGCCGCUUGGCUGGGUAUUCAAGGCCAUGCCGCAGCACCACAGCCAUGUGUGUGUGGACCUGAUGCGAAAGGCCAUGCUGGAGGAGGACCAAAUGCUGGACAUCCUGGGCACCACGGCAAGCUCGGUUUCGUUUGCGCUUCGGGUGAAGGUGUUCGUAUACCCCGAGUGCCUUAGCAGCGUGUGGAUGAUGCUGGCCGCAAAAUACAGCGCUGUCACGUGAAUUGCGGUAUAUCAUGGCUCCGGCAAUAGAUAUCCCGGAUCAUCUAGACCCGUCGGGGAAAACCGUCACGCAUGCGUGUUCCUUGGGUUGCGGUUUUCCUUGUUAGCGCUAGGGCCAAAUAUUGCAGCAGCAGCAGUAGCAGCUGCCGCAGCAGCACCCUGCCAAUCGUUCCUGCAAGCUUGACCAGCUUGAUAACAAAAGUACUUGAUGACAGAUACGCAUCGGGCUUGCCUUGCGAUGGGAUCUUUUGCCAACAAUGCCCCGGUAAGGCCAUCGUGUAUUGUGUGUAUUCAAUGCGCCGUAUUUGGGAGCUGGGCUUAGAAACUAUUGCCUGCAAAGUUCCUUGACACACCUGCCAUUGACACAGCCGAAUCAUUCGGGCAGGGCUUUACUUUUAUAGUGCUCCUGUCACCUGCACACUUUGCCCGUCUCAUCUCGGCUGUGGUCACAUUUUCGGUGUGGUAUGUGCUGGGCCAUACAAGGACCAAGAAAGCGUGACUCCUUUGUAAUAG